GGACUGGAAAAUCAGUAUCUUUCCCCCGAAAAUGGCUAGUGUUGGUAAAAAAGGCAAGAAGUCCAAAGAAAAGAAGGUCUUAUCUUUGCAAGAAUUUCUACAUCAAUCGACACCAUCAAGUGGAGGUACAACCCAGGUAAUAGUUCAAAAAGUAUCAAGUUGGGCUGAAGAAUGUGAAGAUGAUGAUGAUCGGCCCAGUCGUCCGGAAUUCAUUGAAUUACCGACGGCACCAAGGGCAGCAAGAAUUUUAGAUGACGACACGAUCCCUUACACGGGGCCGUUCUCUGCUCGUGUUUCGAAUUUACCUUUCGAUACGAACGAACAGGAUAUUGAUGAAUUCUUUUUGGAAAGAAAUAUUCGUAUCAAAGAAAUGCGCUUAGCUCGUGAUGACGCGAAUGAUCGUUUGCGCGGAUUUGGCCACAUUGAAUUUGAAGAACGUCAAGACUUAAUUGAUGCAAUUAUGUUGCCUGAUGCAAUGAUUCAAAACCGACGAAUUCGAAUUGAAUUGGCAAGCGAGAAUGAUCAACGUGAUGGAAGAACAGUGCGUAAACGUUAUGACAAUUACAUAGCCCGUGAUCCAACAUCAAAUGAAUCGACCAAUUGGCGUGACCGCAAAGAAUCUAACUUUGAAACAAUCGAUAAUCGUGACAACAAUCGUCGUAACUAUCAAUCGCGUUCAAACUUUCAAAACCGACACGAUUCCAAUAAUAAUGAUAACGAUGAUGGUGGUAAUUGGAGAAUGGGAGAUCGUCCUGGAAAUGAUUCUCCGCCACCUGAUCGGAGACGUGGAAAUUAUGGAAAUGAUAGACGUGGAGGUAGAGACCGCUACGAGCGACGUGAUCGAUAUGAGCCUGAAGAAGAACGUCCGGUGCUCAAUUUACAGCCGCGAACAAAGCCCCUUCCGGUGUUAAAUUUUCCAAAAGAGGAAGAAUUAGAUCGUCCAAGUAGAAAACAGCCUUCUCUCAAUGGCGAUUCGGAAGGUCAAAAUGAUUCUGGUUUGGUUGAUGAUGAAGACAGAGAGGUUUCAGCUCCACCACCUCCAAAGCCAAAACCAGUUCCAAGUGUUAAUAUCUUUGGCCAAGCAAAACCUGUUGACACAGCUGCUCGUGAACGCGAAAUUGAAGAAAAGCUUCAACAAGAACGUCUCGCAAAAGUUCAACGGGAAAAAGACGAGCGUGAAAAGCAGCGUAUCGAAGCUGAAAAGAAUGUUGAAGGCGAACAGAUCAAGAAGGAUGUUAUUGUUAUCAAGACAGAAAAAGCUCGUCUUCAGGAAGAAGCUGUAAAUUGGCGAAAGCAUGAAGAACCUUCAAAUGGUUCUAUGGAAAAUAGAAAUCGUGACAAUGGUCGCCGUUUCAUUGAUGGCGAUCGUCGCAAAAAUGAUGACCGCCCUCGGAAUUUUAAAGAUAGUCGUGACCGUAAUUACAAUAGAAGUGAUCGAGAUUAUCGAAGUAAUAACAUGAAUCGUGGUGGACAAGAUCGUCGUGACGAUCGUAGAGACAAUCGACCUUUAAGACGCGACGGAGCCAAUGAGAUUCGUCGUGAUGAUCGCGAAACCAGAGAACCACGUCGCGAGAGACCUCCUAAAGAUUUAGAAGAACGUAUGCCAAAAUAUCAAGCACCAUCUGGACCCAAUUUACAUGUUUCAAAUGCUUUUGCUGGGUUAGACGAUGAGGUUGAUGCUGAUUAAAGUAAUCAGAGCGCAUUUCGUUACUCUUUAAUGACAAAUAUUUACAUUUUGAAAAAGGAAAAUUAAUACUGAGAAGAACUAGAAGAAGAAAAAAAAAUCUUGAUUAAAAUUAAAAGGGAAGGAGUUUAAUAAUUAAAAUAAAAAAAAAUCAAGCGACAUUUAUUAUUGGAAAGGAUAAAGAAGAAUAAAACAAAAAGUUUAUUAGACAGCGACUUCUUAUCAUCGGCAGACUUUAAGCGAAGUUGAUUUUGAAAAAUAUUUGUAUCUACCAGACUUUGAAAAGAAAAAAGAAGAAGCAGUGUAGUGCAAGAGGAAAUAUUUUAACAGACAGAAGAAGACAAAACAAACUUAUAGAGCAUAAGAAAUUCCCAAAAAACUCAGCUAGGGACGUUGUUUCCCUGUCAUUGUGUGAAGCUGAGCUGAGGGAAAAAAUUCUUAAAAUCGAAAACAAAUAAUAACUAAUUCUUGUUAUUUAUCUUCUUUAAAUAACUAAUACAUUUGCGUUGUCUAUUAAUCUAUAAAUUUAAUAUUAGAAAUUAUGUUUGUAAUCAAAAGAUCAUUUCCCCAGCUUUGGAUGUGAUUUUCACGAAAAGCUUUCAAGCUGAUUAAAUCAUCUUCUAAAGCUGGGGAAAAGAAAAUAUGAAAAAAUAAUAAGUAUAAUUAAUCAGUAAGUGUAGAGUUGUAAGUUAACCUCACACUUUAAAAUUCUAUUGUUUGAUAGAUAUUAUUCAUGUUUGUUUUUUUCAUAUUUUUAUAUUAUAUUGUAGUAGAAAAUAUUAGUAAAAAGAAUAAGAAAUCCCUCAAGACAUGUGCGUAAAAGAAGAAAAAAUAGAUUGAAAUGAGUGUAAAUAAGAAAACUUUUCUUUUUUCGAAAUUUCCUUUUUCUAUAUUUGUCAUUGUACAUUUAAAGUGAAUUAUUUAAUAAAGGAAUAAAAACAACAUCAUAAUUUGUUUAGAGAUUACUUUCUUAGAUUCCUAUAUAUCUACUUAUUUAUGAAAAUAUCAAACAA